AUGCAGACCGUUGAGGAUGUGUAUAAGGUUGCAUCUAUAACUCUCAGUCCCAACGUCUCUGCGCAUAUAUUCGGUGUUUCAUAUGAGGACAACGUUUCUGCCUGCAGAAGAAGAGAUGCCAGAGAUUAUGGAAGUUUCAAAAAGUUCAAUGAUGAGUUAAUGUCUCAGUCAAAAGUUUUCUUGGAUCAGGCCAUGGAAAAUUCUAUUGCAGUGGCGAUAUCGGUGAAAGCUCCGGUUGAUCCAAAACCGGAGAAAGAAGAAGAAGAAGAUGGAUUCACAACUCCAACAGGCCUGCAAUUUAAGAUUCCGCCGCCGGUUAAAUGUCCUCCGGCUCCGAGGCGCGACAGCAUCAACCGGAAAUCGAUCGACAAACGCCGGAGAAAAUCUACCGGACGGAGGCUUACUUCUGUCAAUGCUCAAGACUUGAACACUGUCUUCACAAGAACACAGACAUAG